AUGGGCGAAGCAGACCACAGGCCAAUCGUCCUACACAUCGGCGAGCCAAUCAAAUACAAUCACGACUACUACGAAAAAGAAUUCUCCAGCCGCUUCAAGGUCAUCCACAACAACAAACUCAACCGCGAAGACUUCAUAGCAGCGCUCCAAAAUCAUGAAUUCGGGAACUUCUCAGCCAUCUUCCGGCCACACUUCCAGUCCGGAGGCGAAAUGGGACAAUGGGACAACGAACUAAUCCCUUUCCUCCCACCCUCAGUCCGCAUCUUCGCCUCAGCCGGAGCAGGCUAUAAUUGGGCCGACGUCGAAGCUCUCGGACGCCAAAAAAUUCUGUAUUGCAAUGGAGCCGGAGCCUCGGACGAUGCCGUCUCGGAUACAGCUUUAUGGAUGAUUCUAAGCGUCUUCAGGAACUUCACGAUGAGCCAGUUAGCCGCGAGAACGGCAGAUCCUAUCAGGUUUACAGAAGCGCAUAAGAAAAUCGCGACGAUUUCUGCGAAUCCUAAGGGCAAAGUUCUGGGGAUUGUGGGGUUGGGGAAUAUUAGUGUUAAACUUGUGACUAAGGCGCAAGCUAUUGGGAUGGUGGUAAGGUAUUUUGAUGUGAGGAGACGAAGUCUAGAGGAAGAGGAGAGUUUAGGAAUCGAGUUUCUCGACUUCGACGACUUGCUGGCAGAUUCGGAUUGUAUAUCUCUCCAUGUCCCUCUGAACGCACAUACCAGGCACCUCAUCAAUUCGGACUCUCUGGCGAAGAUGAAAUUUGGAGCGAGAAUUGUUAAUACUUCUCGAGGCGAAGUUGUUGAGGAAGAAGCGCUUACUGAAGCUCUCAAGUCCGGGCAUAUUUCUGCUGCAGGAUUGGAUGUGCAUUAUCAUGAACCUCAAGUUAACCGCGAGCUAGCACGGAUGGAGAAUGUUACGUUGACGACGCAUGUUGGUGGUGGAGCUCUGGAUACUAGGAUUAAUUUUGAGUUGAAUGCUAUGAGGAAUAUUUUGGAGGUGUUGGAGGGGAGGGAGCCUUUGACGCCUGUUAAUGAGGGAUUUGUUAAGGAGGCUUUGGGAAAGCGAGCGUAG